AUGUCCGCCACCAUCGAGGAUCUCUCUGACCACUCUGAGCACGAGCAUGAUCACGAGGACCACGACGAGGACCCCACAUCUCAGGCUGCCCUCGACAAGAUCCAGUCGCGCUCUGAGCGCAAGGCGAGGAAAGCUCUGCUCGGUCUGGGCUUGAAGAAGGUCCAUGGCAUCACUCGUGUCACCCUCCGGAGGCCAAAGAAUGUCCUGUUCGUGAUCGCGUCGCCGGACGUGUACAAGUCGCCCAACAGCGACUGCUACAUCGUCUUUGGCGAGGCCAAGAUUGAGGACAUGAACUCGCAAGCACAACUCUCGGCGGCGCAACAACUCGCCACCGGUGCCCCUACGGGAGUCCCCAGCCUCGAGACAUCUGGCGCAGGUGGCGAUCAGGAAGAUGACGAUGACAUCCCUGAGCUUGAAGCCGUCGAGGAGGGGCCUGUCGAUGAGACUGGCGUUGAUCCGAAAGACAUUGAGCUUGUCAUCCAGCAGGUCGGAUGUUCGCGCGCGAAGGCGGUGCGUGUACUGAAAGAGAGCGGAGGUGAUCUGAUCAAUGCCAUUAUGGCUGCGAGCGAGUAG